UUUUCAAGUCGUUUCAUUUUCCUAUUGUUUACUAUUUACUUCCUCACAUCAUCUCUACCCAACUUCACAAUAUAAUAACCUGCUUUUAUAAUAUACUCAAAUUGGAUUUUCAUUGAAGGGAUUUUAAUUAAUUUAUUAAUCUGUAAAAGAAAAAAGUAGUAAGAAAUCAACUCCUUCUUUUCUAGUAAAACUCGGCUAUAUCCUUUACCGAUUUCAUUGUCUUUAUGAUCUGAAGGCUUUUCAGCAUAAAUUGGUCAUUCUUUUCUCCUAAAUUUGCAAUAUUUGCUGAAAAAGAAUGUUCAAGACAGAGCAGCUUGCUUUAGAAUCUUUCACUGAUGGGAUAUUAAAGGCUUUUAGACAUUGUUUUCGGUUUUUAAAGCACGGACAAAAAAAACAUUUUAUGCUCGGUUUAAAUACUUCUAUCCUAAAAGAAUUCUUAUUAGAUUCUAGGAAUUACCCAGUGGAAAAUGUACAGAAGUUCUGCUCAGUUAAUAUGUCGGAUGAAAUAAACUAUAAAAUUCGACAUGUUCAUAUAGACGUGGAGGCAGAAGACGAGUCGGCAAACUAUAUAAGGAGAUUUUUAGGAAAAGAGGGCCUAAGCUUAUUCGGAGGAUCUCACUGGUGGUUACAUCGUGAUAGCCAGUUGAAAGCAUGGUGGUUUGAAAAAAGACAAUCGAUGCAACACCUGUCCAAGGAUGAGAAAAUCAUCUUUUACGUACAUGGCGGUGCUCACUACUUGAGCACUGUGCGAACGAAUGCUUUUCACAUUCAAAAGCAUGCUGCUGCACUUGGAGCCCGAACAUUUGCUCCUGAAAUACGUUUGGCACCUCAAUUUCCAGCACCCUGUUCUCUACAUGACAGUUUAUCCAGCUAUUUAUUUUUGAUACGAAAGCAUAACCCAAAAAAUAUUGUUUUUAUUGGAGAUUCCUCUGGCGCCAGUCUUAUUAUUUCUCUUUUGGUUCUAAUGCGAGAUUGCGGCAUUCCUCUACCUGCUGGAACUGUUUUGAAUUCCCCCUGGGUUGACUUGACCCACAGCCUUCCUUCGAUAGUUGACCAGAAUACGAAUGAUUACAUACCUGCUGAAGGUUUCCAUCAUCGGGCAAGUAAAUACUGGCCUAUUCCGAAUGUGAGUUCAUUAUUUGAUAGUACGACAGCCUCUAUGAAGAACUUAUCGAAGCAAGAAUUAUCUACAAAGAUUCAUACAAGUAUGCAAGGACAAGUGGAUCAGUUAAAAAAUAUAAUUCCUUCAUUACGAGAACUAAGUAAGGAAAAUGGACGAAUAUCAUACAGAGAUGCACAAGACCGUUUGGAUCCUGAAUUUUUCUAUACAUUCCCAUUUCAGGUUCAGUUUUAUGCUCCUAAUCAUCUAUUAAAGCAUCCCUUGGUCAGCCCUUUAUUUACGGAAAAUUUGGGCGGACUUCCUCCAACGCUGGUGCUGGGAGGUGGUUCGGAAAGACUUCGGGAUGAAAUUAUUUAUAUAGCCCACAGAAUGUCAAAAGAUGUAUAUGAUGGGAAACCGACAAAGGUUCAAUUAGAGCUGUACGAUUCUUGCUGCCAUGUAGUAACCGCUUUACCCUUGAUCACUGAAGCCCGAGUUAUGAUUCAACGUACCGCCAAUUUUUCUUACUGGUGUUUGAAACAGCAUGACACCUCCUACAUGUCUCUUAACAAACAUCUUUCUGGUGAACUUUCUUCUUCUUUAGAUAGGAUGGCUCGUCUUCGAAUUUCACGUGACGGAAAAGAGCGACUAAUGGAGCCAGAAUCUGAAAUCCCAAGCUUGCAAAUUCCAAAGGAUAUGCUUGGUACAAUUCAAAUAGAAGCUUUAUGCAGAUGGAUAGAUGUUGAACUUCAAAUUUUAUCUAAGGAUAGUGCCAAACCCGCGAAGUUUUUUGCUGAUUUCAAGCACGCAGAAGCUCAUGGCUACUUAGAAAAGCCAGCAUUUUAUACUCAAGAAGGUGAGAACCCCCCGUUAUCUGCAGUGAUAGCAAAUUCCAAAAUACAUCCUCAUAAGUUUGGCAAACAAAAGUACUUCAGGAGCUGCUUUUAGAAUUACUUUGUCCUUUUAUGGUUUGUUUUGUUUUUUGAGCAUCCAUUAUGCUGCACGUCCUUUUUACUCAAUUUGCAAAGAUAUUCUGGGGUUGGAAUUUUAGAUAUUUUGGUUAUUCGUUAACACAGUUUUUUUCAUCAUACUUAAUUUACAGAAGAUAGAAAAAUUCUUUUAUGCGUUUCAUACACUUAUUUAUUUAAAAUCAUGCAUUUUUUUAUUAUAUUUUUCUUUUUUUGUUCA